ACCACCACCACGCAGCGCUGCGGCUUUGCUGCACGGUGACGGCGCGGCGCUGGAGCCGGCCCCGCUGCUUCCUCUUCCUCGCUCUCCUUCCUCCUCUCCCGUCCCUUUUGCCCGCGCCUCCCAUCCCAGUGUCGCGCGUGGAUGGCUUCCACCUUCCCGCCCCGCUGCAGGGACGCGGGCCGGGCCGUGGUUACUCAUUGCCGUGGGGCCGGGCGGAGCUCCUCGCUCGGAGCCCGGCGCGGCGGCCCCCGGUGGAUCGGCGCGGGGCGGAGCGCGGGGCGGGGCGGCGCGGGUCGGCGGCGCAGAACGGCGCCGAUGGCGGAGCAGCGCGUGUCGCGGUGGUACUUCGGCGGGAUCGCGUCGUGCGGCGCCGCGUGCUGCACCCACCCGCUCGACCUGCUCAAGGUCCACCUGCAGACGCAGCAGGAGGUGAAGAUGCGGAUGAUGGGGAUGGCGCUGCGCGUGGUCCGCACCGACGGCGUCCUGGCGCUGUACAACGGGCUGAGCGCAUCGCUGUGCCGCCAGAUGACGUACUCCCUGACCCGCUUCGCCAUCUAUGAGACUGCGAGAGACCACUUGGGCCGUGGCAGCCAGGGGCCUCCCCCCUUCUAUCAGAAAGUGCUGCUGGGAGCGGUGGGAGGCUUCACUGGUGGCUUUGUGGGGACCCCAGCGGACAUGGUGAACGUCAGGAUGCAGAACGAUGUCAAGCAGCCGGCCCACCUGCGGCGCAACUAUUCCCAUGCCCUGGAUGGCAUGUACCGCGUCCUGCGGGAAGAGGGUUUGAGGAAGCUGUUCUCGGGAGCAACGAUGGCAUCCAGCCGAGGGGCCCUGGUCACCGUGGGGCAGCUUUCCUGUUAUGACCAAGCCAAGCAGCUUGUCCUCACCACCGGGCUGCUGUCGGACAACAUCUUCACGCACUUCCUGGCCAGUUUCAUCGCUGGUGGAUGUGCCACAUUCCUGUGCCAGCCCCUGGAUGUGCUGAAGACGCGCCUCAUGAACUCCCAGGGCGAGUAUCGGGGUGUCGUGCACUGUGCCAUGGAGACUGCCAAGCUCGGCCCGCUCGCCUUCUACAAGGGCUUCGUUCCCGCUGCCAUUCGCCUCAUUCCUCACACCGUCCUUACCUUUGUCUUCCUGGAACAGCUGCGAAAAUACUUUGGGAUCAAAGUGGUCACCUGAGUAGGAGGGCCGGACCCUGCUCCCUGGGACCGCAGAAUCCCCCCACCGCCCUGGGCCGGGGCUGUCCCCUCCCCACAUCCCUGCACCCGGGGCCGGCCGGUCCCAGCCCCCAUCCCACAUCCUCCUCCAUUUUCAGCACCUCUGUUACCUCUGGGACGUCCCUGGGCCUCGUCCCCUCUGCACUGCACCUUCCCCUACCGUGGCUCUGCCCUCCCUUGCCGGGGUGGCUUCAGUCCGGUCCCGGUGCACAGCGUCGUGCCUCUGCCUGGGCUCAGCUCGCAGCGGGAGGGGCUGGCGGGGGCUGUUUUGCUGAGCCCAGGCUGCAGCCGGGACCUGUGCAGAGCAGCGCUGCGUGCAGGGGGCUCCCAGCUCCCACCUCUCCUGCGGCAGCAAAGGUGGACAUGGAGCAAGGGUGGAGGUGGGCUUGGCGCACGUAAGCAUUGCCCGCUGAGUGCCUCUGUCUUCCUCUACUCCUCCGCUGUCCCCGUGCAGCCAAAACGGGUCCGUCCGUCCCCCCCCCCGUCUCCCGCUCAGCCAAAACUCCCCAGCGCCCGCCGGCCGCUGGGCUCUUCAGGGAUUGUGCCUUAUACCAAUGAUAAAGAAAGGACCUGGGGGGGGGGCGUGGGGCGGCCGCGCUGCCUUGCUGUGCUCCUGUCGCUGCCUACAUCACCGUCCCCGAUCCCUGCAGUGUCCGUCCUGCCCUGCUGCUCCACGCACUGAGGUGCCCAACACCCCCCCCCGCCUUGCAGCCCCCCCCCGCCCUACUCUGCCUGCACGGGGGCUGCGGGCAUCGCCCUCUGCACGCGCAGCGCUGUGCAGAGUGGCCCCGAGGGAUCAAAGAACUGGAAUAGCUGUGACCGUAAUGUAUAAUAAAUAAACAGCGGAACAACCGCGGCUCCUGAUCGCGUGGGGAGGGGAGAGCGGGGGGUGCGGUGCUCCCUCCCCCCCAGAGCUGCACUCCCGUAGGAGCGGAGGUGAUGGGGGGGUUCCGGGCUCACCCCCUCGGCACCGCACGGAACGGGGCCGUCCCUGCCCCGAGGUCACCUCCCAGCGCCGGGCGGGGGAGCCGCGGCCGGGCCGUGCUCGGGGCAGCGCGGGGUUCCGGGCAGAGCCGUGCCAAGGGUCCGUGUCUGCUGGCUGCAGCUCCGUCCUGGACGUGACGCUAAUUGGGCCGCGGCGGGCGGAACGGAGCCAGCCUGGGACAGCAGAGAAGUGAAAGCUCGUCACCUUAACGAAGCCUAAUGAUGCCGGCUGGCAUCGCCGCUUUGUUCCGGUGCCCGGCGCCGUGCGGGAGCCGCGGGGCAGGUGCGGGGCGAUGUGGUGCUUCUCCCCGGGGCCGGCGCCGAGCGGCAGUGGGGAUCCACCGCCCCGAGGAUCGGAGCAGCGCUCCCUUCCGCCGGCCCCGCGUUCCCGUGCCCCGACCGCGUCCCUCGGAGCGCGGCAGCCCUCUGCCAGCGGGGGUUGCGUUCCCCUCAGCCCGGCUCCUCCGCCCCCGUUUCCCGCAGCCCCCCGAGCGGCCCCAGGUGAACGCGCUGUGCUCCGCUCCGGAGGCUCGGCCCGACCCGGGCUCGGGGGAUGCCGCGGCCGCUCCGGGCCGUGUUUACCUGGCCGCGCUCUGCCAGGACAGCGUAUGGCAAACACAGACCCGACACCGCCAGCGGAGGCCGGAACGAGAGGGUCCGCGCAGCUCUCGGCCUCCCCGCGGGGAUCCGUCCGGGCGCGGGGUCAGCCCCGUUACCACGGUCAGGAGCCACCAGCUCCGGGCACCGGCAGGGACCUCUCACCUCCCGACGCCGGGACUGGGACGGGACCACCGCGCAGACGGAGCCGGGGCGCAGCGAGGGGGGCGAGAGGAUCCGCAGCGCCGGGAGCGGAGAGCAGCC